UAACCUGAAAGACAACCUGCUCACAGGAGCGAUUCCCCCGUCUCUCUCUGCGCUCAAGGCCAUGCAAACGCUGGAUAUCCGGAACAACAAGCUCUCCGGCACGAUCCCCUCUCAGCUCAGCGCCCUCACCAACCUGGACGGGCUCUAUUUGAGCAACAACACGCUCACAGGAGCCAUUCCAUCGCAGCUCAAGACCCUCACAAACCUCCGCUUCCUCUUCAUCGACAAGAAUGCCCUCACAGGAUCUGUACCAGCUACAAUCUCCUCCUUUGCCUCUCUCAUCUACCUGCUCCUUGCUUGCAGUCCCGGCCUUGCCUGUCACCCACCCUUUCCACAUCACUUUCCGCCUCCUUUUGAGAAUUCUCAAAAGUCACUCCAAUAUGCGUUGCCUGUCACCCACCCUUUCCACAUCCCUUUCCGCCUCCUUCCUUCUCGCUUACCCCCCACCCACCCACCUCCUCCAUCCCAGGCGUGCGUCUCACAACAAGCUCUCAGGCUCCUAGACUGCAGGCCUCGCCUCGCCUCCCACCCACCCACCCUUUCCAUAUCCCUUUCCGCCUCCCUCCCCCAUACCUCCCCCCUCUCCCCCCUUCCCAGGAGUGCAUCAAACAACAAGCUCUCAGGCUCUUUGCCUGCGGGCCUCUCCUCUCUCGCUGCAUUACAGUACCUGUCAGUUACCACCUCCCCCAAUCGUCUCUCUCUCUCCCUUGCUCUCCUCGGUUUUGAGGCGCCUCAAAAACAGAUCGCCCUUUUCUCUCUCCCUUGCUCUCCUCUGCUCUCCUGCAGAGGCCUGGCCAACAACACACUCACUGGAUUGAUACCCUCUGCCCUCUCCUCCCUCGGCUCUCUAGCCAUUAUGUUCCUGCAUCACAACUCGCUCACAGGCUCGCUCCCUCUCCCGCUCUCAGAGCUCACCUCCCUCUUCUCCGUGUAA